AUGCCUUCUGCUAAAGGGAAGCCAACUGAUCCCGAGCUCAAGAAGGACAUUACUGAAAAAGUAAAGCAAGAAACGAAUAAAGAUGGCAGUGGUAAAGGGAAGAUGGCUGCAUGGAAGGCCAAAAAGAUCGGUCAAGAAUAUGAAGCUGAAGGAGGUGAUUACGAAAAUGAACCCGGAUCUAAAGACAAACUCACGAAAGGAACACCUGAGAAGAAAUCCGAGGAGGAGAAAGCUGCUGAACUGAAAGAUUCCGAGAAGGAGAAGAAUGGCCAUGGCAAGGAAACCGCUGAUGAAAAAGCAAAUGGGUCGGACGACAAGACAGAGGAGAAAGAAGUCGAGAAGAAGGCACCCGUUCAAAAGAAACAAGCUGCCCCGAAGAAGGAAAAGAAGGUACAAAGACAGGGAACGCGAAGUAGCGCUCGACAACAAGAAAAGUUAGAUCCAAAGCCCGCAGCAGAGAAGAGAAAGAUCGUCAGUGAUGAGGCAGCGGAUGAGGAUGAUGAAGCGACUGAAGAAGAAGAGAAGCCCGCGGCAAAGAAAUCCAAAAAUCAGGAACCAAACGAAGAGGAGCCAAAAACAGAGGAACCAAACGAGGAGGAAGAAAAAAAAAAGGAACAAGCAAAACCAGAGCCAGAGGAGAAAAAGGCAGAGCCCAAGAAACGUAGCAGAAAGGCCAAAAAGUGAAAGUUACACUUAUCAUUUAUUCUUCUUCUAUACAGUGUUGAACGGAAGUAGCAUUGGCGCAUAAGGUAUCACACAAUUGCGCACACUCGUUUUGGAAUGAAAUAGGAUGAGUAUACGAAUUUGCAUUUUGGAGCGUCUGUUUAUUAUUCUUUGCUUAUUGGGGCACCAUCUUGAGGAGCAUUCUCUCUUUAUUGUAUAUGACGAAGCAUGUAUCAUUAUUGUUGAUCUGCUUUCGAUGCAGAAGCAGUUAUUCAAAAAUGGAUAUUACCCUUUAUCAUGAACUUCUGUCUAGCUGUUCGCAUCAUCUUGGUUCUCAUUCUGUGUGAAUGAAACAACUUCUAUGUCUAUCGUGGCUGGUCUAUGGAGAAUUGGACUCCAGGGUAACAUGAUGAGGCCUCCAG